UUUCAGAAUAUUGUUGUCUUUCUACAAGAGGUGGUUCUCUCGGCCCACAAGUGGUUGAUGAGAGGUCAAGUGGGUUCAGUGGGCGGGAAAACCGUUGCUGAACUGUUGGAGAUGCCCGUGCGCAGCACUGUUGAGCUGGUACAGAAACAGACAGGGUACAGCCUGGACCGCAACACUGUCAGGGUGAGUGUGUUUUGGGGGGGAGGGGGGGGCAAGACGCACCAUUAGGUUAAUAUCACUUGAGUAAUACUGUUAUAAUCACACCAUUAGUGUGACACCAAUAGAGUGACACUCAUGGAGAAACAUCAUUAGAGUAACAUCCCAUAUAUUAUUAGACCAUACAUGUAACCUGGUGGUAAAAGAUCUGUUGCUCAUGAGCUUUUGAACGUGAUGUAGGUCAUCUUUGAGGUUCUCCUGUGUGCCCAUGAGAAAGAUCUGGAAUCUCUGAUGGAAGCUGUGUGGCCGUCAAAAGUCGCCCAGCUGGUCAAGCAGACUUUCCUCGAGGUCCAGGUCGAGGUGGCCCAGUUGUGUGGGUCAGUGGUUGAGGUCACCAGAGGUCCAGUGGUGCUUGUCCUAGACAAGGUUAGGAACUGUUAUUAAAAAGUAUAACAAGAGAUUAGAUGUCAUGUAAUAUUGUAUUCUAAAAUUUUCCUUUAUUACCUUUAGUAGGGUCAGGAAGACCGGUGACUUUCUCAGUUCUUACAUUUUUUUGGCCCACCUCCUAGAUUCAUGAAUAUAAAUCGGUGUGGUCCUUGAAUAUUCCUAAUAAAUUAAAUUCAGCUGAUCUCUUUUUCAUGAAUGCCCAGCUGCAAUAUAUUUUCUUUAUAUAUAAAUACCGUAUAAAUGAUUUGUGCUAUAAGAUUAAUAAAACAAAUGUUGGCACUAUUCAACUAUUCAUCUGUGCGCUGGAUUGUUUUAGACACUCAACAAACUACCAUGGGAGAGCAUGCCUGAAAUGUUGUCUGAAACAGUUUCAAGAGUGCCGUCCCUCAGCUCCCUACUAGCCUUGCUGACACUACACAAGCAGAAGAAAGAUUCCUCCUUCAGGUGUGGUGUGAAGCGUGACAGUGUGGUGGCCCUGGUAGAUCCAGAGACCAACUUGUCCAAUGCCGUCAACGUUCUACUGCCUCAAAUUCAGGGGUAGGUUUUUUGUUUGUUUUUUUUUCAAACAGAAGUGACCAGAUUUUGUAAAUAUUUUAAAGUUCUUUUAUAAAAAGGAUUUGUAUUUUAAUUAAUCAGAUAGUUAUAAAGCAAAGCAUUAUUUAUCGGUCAUGAAUCUAUAAGGCUGCAGUGCCACUGUGUCCAUGUUUCAUCGAAAUACAAAACUGACAUACAAGACCGCAUUGCAAUUGAUCGUAUCCGAUUUUAUCAUUGUGACAACAGCUUUGACUUUUUAUGGCUAGUGUUCAGCUACAGUCAACAAACAGAUUUAUUAUGGUGGCAAACUAAACAUAUAAACUUUGUAAUAGCUAUGAAUUCUUUCUCUUACAACUUACAGUUACAAAUUGUAGCUGUAAAUCCAAUGUUGAAAUAUGACCAGCCUAAUACCAUUAUUAAUUAACUUGGUAGGCCAUUCGCAUGACUUUAUACUUUUAUUGAUCCAAGUAAAUGGAAAUUAGUUUUAGCUCAUCUAGGCAGUGAACGGGCAGAGAAAUACCAUUGGUCGGGGACGAUCCAUAAUUAUAUUUCAUACACAACUGACUUAUAAGAGCGACUUAUAAAAGAUAGUAUGUUAUUCCUUUCCUCAGGUUCAAAGGCUGGUCUUGUUUGGCUCAGAAAGCUCCAACUGUGGCCAACUUGAAGGAUUUCCUCACAAAUUAUGAUCUGUAUCUGUAAGUAUCUGGUUUGACAAUGGACUGUGUAUGAAAUCACAUUUACAUUUUAUGGUAGUGGUUUUGGCACCUUAUCUUAAAUGUUGUAAUGAGAUGACAAGUGUCGGGCAAAUAAAGUUAUUUGUCAUAAUUCCACUCUGUAAGUUUUACAAUAAAGACUUAUCUUUUAAACUAUCUCUCAUCGGAAAAAAACUUCUCAAUACUCAAGUUCAAGAGCUUCUGUAAAUCCUGAACUGUCCUACAAUUUCUUUAAAUUUGAUAUUAAUGAUUAUGAAUUUAUUAUUUAGUGUUCAUGAACUCGGAGGUUUCUCUUAAAAACACACCAUCGUACAUCUGGUUCCUUUCAUCCACAGUUACUCUGGUCACGGCUGGGGAAACCAGUUUGUGGGUGGUGAUGACCUGCAAAUGUUUCACGCCAAGGCUGUUGCCGUGGUGAUGGGGUGUAGCAGUGGCAGGCUGGAUUACAAACCAAGGUUGGAUGGCGAUGGCGGACCUUUGUAUUUUCUAUUGGCAGGAUGGUGAGUUGAUUUUUCUUUUUGUCCAAGAAUUAUUGCUGUGUAGGUAGUGCUGGUUAUGACAAUGGGGAAUGUUUUGCCAUUAUAUUUGUUGAUUUUGUAAUUUCUAAAUAAUAUUUCUUUGAUAAGGACUCUGAUCUGACAAUGAAAAAUGGUUAUUCAUUUAAGUUCAAUUUCUCAGGUCUAAGUAAUUUUGCCUUGGCGGACAUUUUCAUAAACGAGAGAUACUUAGUUUUUAUUCAAAGCCAGGUUUUGCUUUAUUUUAUCAUGAAACAAUUUGCAUACUGAACAUGAUUUAUCAGAGAUGCUUAUAAUCCAAGUAAUAAACCCUGGACUUAGUGUGAAUUAUUUUUUAAACAUGUUUAUCAAAGUGAUGUAAACCAGGGUUUAUUACUUGGAUUAUACGCAUCAAAAAUGAAGCUGUAGUAUUGUAUACCUGACUCCCAUUGACAAAACGUUCUGUUUAGUUUAUUGUUUAAAUCUCAUGGUAAAAAAACUGACUCUUUUUUAUGUAAUAAUGUUUGAUUUCAUAUAUCUAGUAUCUUUGUACUUUUGGCCAACAUAUUUUUUUUUUAGCAUACCGGUAAUUAUUUAUUAUUUUUUAAUUUUCUUUAUUUAAUUUUUUUUAAAUCUUUUAAAAUGAUACUUUUUUAUUAAAUCUUCACAGUCCGACGGUCAUGGGUAACCUCUGGGUGGUGACAGAUAAAGACAUUGACAAGUUCACCUUGAAGCUUGUAACAGAAUGGAUGGCCCAGGACAGGCCAGUGCCUCUGAGUGACCUGCUGAAACAAGCAAGACAAGUUUGCCGUCUGGUGGGGCUGAAUGGAUUUGCUCCAGUGAUUUACGGCUUACCGAUCAUGAUGAACAAUUAA